GACGUGAAGAUCUUCCGGGCCCUGAUCCUUGGGGAGCUGGAGAAGGGACAGAGUCAGUUCCAAGCCCUCUGCUUUGUCACCCGACUUCACCACAAUGAGAUCAUCCCCAGUGAGGCCAUGGCCAAACUUCGGCAGAGAAAUCCACGUGCAGUGCGGCAGGCUGAGGAAGUGCGCAGCCCGGACCAGCUGCACAUGGACAUUGCUGUGAACUUCAGUCAGGGGGCGCUGCUGAGCCCCCAUCUCCACAACGUGUGUGCCGAGGCCUUGGAUACCAUCUACACCCGCCAGGAGGACGUCCUGUACUGGCUAGAGAGAGGUGUGGACAGCUCUGUGUUUGAACCUGUGCCCAAGACCUCCGAGCAGGUGGAGCUGCCUCACUGUGGGCAGGCUGGGGACCGUGGGAAACCCUGUGCCUGUCAUUACAGCCUGAGUCUGGCCUGGUACCCCUGCAUGCUCAAGUACUGCCACAGCCGUGAUCGGCCCACGCCCUAUAAGUGUGGCAUCCGCAGUUGCCAGAAGAGUUACAGCUUCGACUUCUACGUGCCCCAGAGGCAGCUGUGCCUCUGGGAUGAGGACCCCUAGCCUAGGGGUGGCUGCUAUGGGCCCACCACUCCUCCACCAGCCACCAAAGUGGGUGGCAACCCCACCUGAGGCCUUAUUUCCCUUCUGGCAUCCCUGGUCCUCAGCCAUGGCCUCUGCCUGCAUGACUGUGAAAGAGUGACUGUGAAGACAGCCUCCGGGCCCAUCCUGUGCCCACCCUAUGCUAUCCUUAGGGACAGAGAGGGACAAAGCAGUUCUCCAAACUUGCACCUUUCCCUCCCCAUCUUCCCGGAAGUAUUCACUUUCAAGCAACAGAAAUGUGACUAGGAUUCUUCUACAGAACUCUCUAAGGUUAGACCCUAAGAGGAGUCUUUGCCUGCCUGCCACACCCACCUUUCCCACACCACUCCAAGCGGUGAUGGGCUCAUCACCCCCGGAGAGGAGAUGUGGGGGACUCAGGCCCAGGUUCCUGUGCCACAUGACAGUGCAUUCUCCUUUCUGGCCCCAACUGAGAGCUAGGGAGACCUGCCACCCCUAGGACUGACCAUGUGUGCCUUUCCCCAGACUGGACCUUUGCCACUAGAGCGGGGACCAGCUCUUCCUCUCUCUAACCAGAAAUAUUUUUGUAAGGUUCUGGGGUAGAGAAGAUCAUGAAGUACAAGGAAAACUUGAAUUCCAGAUUUUUAAUACAAAGUAUUUAUCAUUUGUAUCAGAAAUAAAAGUUAAAUUUUUUACUUGACUUAGAAUGCUAGACCCAGGCUUCUGAGAGCACUUUUGUCCAAUGCUGCCACCUGGUGUCAGAAGUGUCCUCCCACUGGCUCAGUGACCAGUCAGGAACAGCAGCUUCUAAAGCACCUAAUGUGUGCUCAGCCAUUUGGGAAUGGGGAGGUGUGUGGGGAGGAGCCGGUAACUCAGGAAGGAUAAACGAGGAUGAGAAAAGGCCUGGGAGU